UCAGCCUCGGCGUGCCGUGUGGGCGCAGCGUAUUGAGUGCCGCCUGUGCGAGCGAGGCACGCCUGCCGCUCCGCGGACAGCCCCCUUGACGCUGCCGGCCGGCCGCGCUGCGCCGUCUCUCGCGCCCUCGGCACGCCCGGCAGCCCUGCUUUCGCUCCACUCGAACCCCCCUUGCCGGCGCUGGCCCGUCCGCUCCUGCUCUCUCGGCCUCGCAUCUGCAUUCCAUCGCUCAUCCUCCUCAAGACUACCAUGGUGUCUUGAACACGCGCGGCAGCCUCGUCUCCGCAUCUCCACCUGCGACCCCCUCCUCCUCCUCCUCCACCGGCCAUGUCUGCGCCCUCGGCGGCGCCUGCCGCUGCCUCUGCGCCUGCGCAGCCAUCACCGCCGUACAGCGAGGCGCCUCCCGCUGCGCCGCCGGCGUCAUACUUUCCCGUGCCGGCGCCGCCGCCGGCGCCGCUCUCCACCGAUGCGGCGGACCUGUCGGAUGUGAAGCUGGAGGGCACGGAGGACCCGCGCAACUGGUCAUCGACGCGCAAGUGGUCCACGGCGGCCAUCAUCUCGUUCAUGGGUUUCAUCUCGCCGCUGGGCUCCUCCAUCGUCGUGCCUGGCUCGGCCGCCAUCGACUUUGACUUCGAUCUGGGCUCGCAGAUCCUCUCGCUGCUGCCCGUCUCGCUCUUCGUGCUUGGCCUUGGCAUGGGCCCGUUCAUCCUGGCGCCCGCCAGCGAGCUCAAAGGCCGUCAGCCCGUGUACCUCGUGUCGAGCGUCGUGUUCGUCCUCUUCAACGUCGCCACGGCGCUGGCCCCGAACCAUGCCGCGCUUGUCAUCCUGCGCUUCCUUGCCGGCGCCGCCGGCAGUGCAGGCCCGAGCCUGGGCGCCGGCAGCAUCGGCGACAUGUUCGCGCCCGCCGAGCGUGGUCGUGCACAGAGCCUUUACGGCCUCGGCCCGCUGCUCGGACCGGUCUGCGGCACCAUCGCCGGCGGAUGGCUCAGUCAGACGGUCCGCUCGUGGCGGUGGCUUCUCUGGGUCCUGACCAUCCUCUCCGGCGCCGUCGUCGUGAUCAUCGCCCUCUUUCUGCGAGAGACGUACGGACCCGUGCUGCUGCAGCAGAAGCAGCGGCGCGUCGCGGCCGAGCGUCUCAAGCAGCUCGAGCUGCUGCGCGAGCACGCCGCCGUGCCGGACUCUGGCGUGCACGAGCAGCACGACGUGCUUCAUCGCGUCGUCAGCGCCGGCCGUCCGAGCAAUCCGGUGGUGCGGCACAUCCGUGCACUCGUGCCGGGCCAGGCGGCCGUCGCCAAGACGAAGCUCGCCUUCAGCCGGCCCUUCCGCCUGCUCUUCACCAACCCCAUCUGCGCCUCCUUCUCGCUCUACAUGGGUUUCAUCUACGGCAUCAUCUUUCUGUUCCUCACGCAGCACCCGCUGCUCUUCCAACAGCGCGACAUGGCGCAGGAGGACGAGCCGCGGCCCGAAGAUCUGCCGACGUACGGCUGGCGCCCGGGCCCGGCAAGCAUGACGUACCUCGGCCUCGGCCUUGGCUUCCUGACCGCGGCGCUCAUCAACGUGCUGCUGCAAGACGCCAUCUACCACCGCCUCACGGCGUCGCGUGGCCGCGUCGGGUGGUACCUGUUCGACAUUCCCGAGCUCAUCGAGCAGCGCAUGAUCCUCCGCGACGCCAAGAGCCAGUCCAGCGCGCCCGUCGAUGUCGAGGCCGCCGCAACCGGCGUGCCGUCGGCGGAGAAGAUGCAGAAGCUGGAGCCUGCCUCUUCGAUCACGCAAGAAAAGGCAGCAGCUGCUGCCUGGGCGGCCGGGCCCUCGACCGCCGCCGCUGCGCCCUUGACACCGCCUGUGCGCAAGGGCCGGCCCGAGUACCGCCUGCCGCUGUGCCUCGUCGGCAUGAUCAUCCUGCCCAUCGGCCUCUUCGUGUUUGGCUGGGCCGCCGACGCGCGCACGCACUGGAUGGCGCCGCUCGUCGGCUCGUAUCUCGUCGGCAUGGGCUCCAUCCUGCCCUUCCAGGUGAUCCUCGUCUACCUCGUCGACGCCUUUGUGCCCUUCUCGGCCUCGGCAACGGCCUGCGCCGUGCUCGUGCGCAGCGUGCUGGCCGCCGCCUUCCCGCUCUUCGCACAGAAGCUCUUCGUCAGCAUCGGCUACGGCGCCGGCUCCUCGAUUCUCGCCGGCGUCGCUAUUCUCGCCAUUCCCGUGCCGCUGAUCCUCUUCUGGAAGGGCGAGGGCCUCCGGCAACGGUACAAGUUCACCGGCUGAGGCACCGCCCCACCCCCCCUCCCGCUGUUGCUCCGC